GACAGCCGCUUGAAGCCGCGGCGAUCUAUAAGCAGCCCCUCGAACCUGGAAUUUUAGAAGCUUAAAACAGAAAACCUACAGCCGUCCAAAAGUACUAGAUCUCUUUACCCCUCUCGCAUUCGCCUCUUCAACGUUCCUCUCCCAUCUCCCUCCCAUCUACCGAUCCAACACAAAAUACACGUCAUGACCAACUUCAAGAUCCAGAUCAUCUCCGACACCGUCUGUCCCUGGUGCUACGUCGGCUACAGACGCCUCUCCCGCGCAAUUACAGCCCACCAAGGCAAAAACCCCCUAGACACCUUCACCCUAACCUGGAACGCAUUCUACCUCAACCCCGCAGCCCCCGAAUUCCCCGGCGCGGACAAAGCCAACUGGUACGCCGUGAAAUUCGGACCCGAGCGCACGGCGGCGAUGUUCUCGCGUCUGUCUGCCAUCGGCGAGGGCGAGGGUAUCAAGUUCAGUUUUGGCGGGAAUACGGGGAAAACGCGCGAUUCGCAUCGUUUGCUCUGGUAUGCGGGGCAAUUGGAGGAAGCUAAGCGUGCAGAUGCCCCUUCUACUUCUGCCGUGGUAGGCGGGCUACAAACCCGCGUCGCGGAGAAUCUAUUCCGCGCAUACUUUGAGGAUGAAAAGAAUAUUACCGAUCCACGGGUAUUGUUAGAGGCCGGAGUUGAGGCGGGGUUGGGUCGGGAGGAGGUGAAGAAGCUUUUGGAUUCAGAGGAGGGAGGGGCCGAGGUUGAUUCCGAGGCGAAGACUGCGUCGAGACGGUUGGUUACUGGUGUGCCGUAUUUUUCGAUUCAGGGCAAGUAUUCUGUGGAAGGGGCCGAUGAGCCCGAGACGUUUUUGGAGAUUUUUGAGCAUAUUAAGGAGGAUGAACAGAUCUAAGGUUGAAGAUUUUUGAGUUGUUGGGGAAGUACUAUGUAUCAUUUCAAGCUCUAAUC